AUGGCGGCGCCCGAAUCCCCUCUCUGUUACGUCGGUGUCGCCAGGCAAUCCGCUGCCUUUCGUCUCAUGAAGCAAAUGGGUUGGGAAGAAGGAGAAGGUCUCGGAAAAGAGAAGCAGGGGAUCAAAGGAUACCAAGCGCCUCAAUCCCAUGACACAGACAUGGAGGAAAACGCACCUAAGGUGGAAACCAAGGCUAAUGUUCCUAUUAAUGAUAAUGAUUCUGUCUCCAAAACUACAAGGCCACAGGGAAGAUACAAGAGAAGAGAGAGGGGGAAACUUGUCUCGCAAUAUUCCCUGAAGGAUCUUGAAGGAAUUCUUGUUAAAAAGAGUGAAAUAUCCGGGGUUACUGAUAAUUUUGAUGGUGAGCUGGACAUGUCCAAGGUAUCUGAAAUUCAAAAUUUUGAAGAUGAAGAAAGCAAAUAUCCUGCUGUACCGCCAGAGUGGUGGGGCUACAAGUAUGGUUUUGUCUCUGGUGGGUUUCUUGGAGCAGAAUUGAAAAAGAAAAAGUCUAUGAUAUCUGAAACUGUCAAAAAUAGGGCAGAGAGAACUGCUUUUCAUGAAGAGGAUCAAGAAAACCUUUAUAAUCUAGUCCAGGAGAAAUCCACAACGGGGAAGCAAGGACUAGGCAUCAAGGACAGACCCAAGAAAGUAGCUGGCUGCUAUUAUCAGGGUAAAAAGACAUCUUUUGACGAUAGUGAUGCAGAUUCUGCUGACAUGGAUUCUCUUGAAAAACAAGUCCACGAUGACUUGAUUAAAGUAGAAAAGAUUCUUGAAUGCAAAGUGAAGGUGAAAAAGUUGUGCAAAAAGAUUUUACAGCAGGUGCCUGGAGAAUCAUUGAAACUCAAACAGCUCAAAGUUCUUAUUGAUGAACAUUCAUCUUCGAUUUUGUCUGACUUUUCUUCAAAAAGAGAGGCUAUUUCUUACUUAAAGCAAAAGCUGACAGGUAGUAGGAAGUUUUGUAUCGAAGGGAAAAGAGUGCGAUUGGGAUCUAAGAAAAGCUGA